AUGGCCUCCAUCACCCGCGCCUUGCGACCCCUGUCGCGCACUACUCCCUCGGCACGCCUGGCCUCCAAGCGCCUAGCUACCGUCCGCCCAGUUCAGAGCGCUUAUGCCUUCUCGACUACAACCCGCCGGCAGGAGGCCGACCUCUCCGAGCUGACCCCAACGCCCAUCUCCCACUUGUCCGAGACCGAGACCAUGAUGGCCGACAUGGUGUCCAAGUUUGCCUCCGAACAAAUCGGCCCGAAGGUUCGGGAUAUGGAUGAAGCCGAGACGAUGGACCCCUCCGUCGUCGAGGGGCUCUUCGAGCAGGGUGUCAUGGGUAUUGAAAUCCCCGAGGAGUUCGGCGGAGCGGGCAUGAACUUCACCGCCGCUAUUGUCGCGAUCGAGGAGUUGGCGCGUAUCGACCCCAGUGUCAGUGUCAUGGUCGAUGUCCACAACACCCUCGUCAACACUGCCAUUAUGAAGUACGGCGAUGCCCAGGCCCACCGCACUUGGUUGCCCAAGCUGAGCACUGGCACCGUCGGCUCUUUCUGUCUGUCCGAGCCCGUCUCCGGAUCGGACGCUUUCGCCCUGCAGACCAAGGCUGAGAAGACCGCCGACGGCUACAAGAUCAACGGCUCCAAGAUGUGGAUCACCAACGCCAUGGAGUCUGGCAUCUUCAUUGUCUUUGCCAAUCUCAACCCCAGCGCCGGAUACAAGGGUAUCACCGCUUUCAUUGUUGAGAAGGGUACCCCCGGUUUCUCGAUCGCUAAGAAGGAGAAGAAGCUCGGUAUCCGGGCUAGCAGCACCUGUGUGCUUAACUUUGACGACGUCGUCAUCCCCAAGAGCAACAUUCUCGGCGAGGAGGGCAAGGGUUACAAGAUCGCCAUUGAGAUCUUGAACGAGGGUCGUAUUGGUAUCGCUGCUCAGAUGACCGGUCUGGCGCUCGGUGCCUGGGAGCACGCUGCUCGCUACGUCUGGAACGACCGCAAGCAGUUCGGCCAGCUCAUUGGCGAGUUCCAGGGCAUGCAGCACCAGAUCGCGCAGGCUUACACCGAGAUCGCCGCCGCGCGAGCUCUGGUCUACAACGCUGCCCGUAAGAAGGAGGCUGGCCAGGACUUUGUCAAGGACGCCGCCAUGGCCAAGCUCUAUGCUUCUCAGGUUGCUGGCCGCGUGGCUGGCUCCGCGGUCGAGUGGAUGGGUGGUAUGGGCUUCGUCCGUGAGGGCAUUGCCGAGAAGAUGUUCCGAGACAGCAAGAUCGGUGCCAUCUACGAGGGAACCAGCAACAUUCAGCUGCAGACCAUUGCCAAGAUGCUGCAGAAGCAGUACACGAACUAG